CUUGCGGCUUGCGGCUUGCGGCUUGCAGGGGACCGGGCAGCGAGCGCAGCCGUGUGUGUGUUAGGAAAACUGGCCGCGAGUCGGAACGUAACUGUGUGCCGUGUGCUUGCCGGUGUGUGUUCAUGCGUGUCAGUCCGCGGCUGGUGAGCAGUAGUGAGCAGUGUACCCGCAUGCAUGUCCUUCACAAGCAGCAACACCGCCGCAAGGAACGUCGCCACAUGCAGCAACACCGCCGAGGGGAACGAGAACGAAAGAAACUCUCUUUGCAUGUGCGUGAGGGGUGUGUGCAGGGGAGGGAGGGAGGCAGGGAGGACGGUCGCAUGGAUGCGAGGAUGGGGAUAGGUGCAGCAUGCAGGCACGAACGGCAAGGGAGCUGUGUGGAGGGGCCUUUCAGGGGCCUGCUUGCUUAGCUGCCUGCGUGCCAGGGGGAGCUAGCAGCUUGCACGAGAGGGAUGCCGUGCGGACCGAUUGAGGUGUGGAGAGCGAAGAGAAAGAUGUGUAUUCUUUUUAGCCUGCGUUGUGGUGGCGGUGGGCUUAGGGUGCAAUAAUGUAGUUCUACGGCUUUGGGGUUCACGUGCUAUAGCUGCGCGUAUUGCUAUUGGGGGGAGGGGCGGGCUGCUGCUGUCCCCGUGUGCGUGCGUGUGCGUGUUAUUAACUUACCUGGCCCCAUCACAGACACCAU